AUGAAUAUAAAAGUUAAGUUUCCAAAUGGACAUUUUUUAGAGUUCUAAUGUCCAAAUCAUUGGACAACUGAAUAAGUACAAAUCAACUUUAUAUUAGAUUUGUUAAUUCUCUGCCAGAAAUUAAUCCUUCUAUGAUCCAGAAACAAUUAAAUUAUAUCAUGGUGGAUUGGAAUUGAAUGGCAAUGAGAAAUUACAUGAAAUUGUAAAAAAAUAAGAACAAAUUGUAUUUUUAACAGUAAUUGGUAAUAAAAAACAACCCUCAUAAACAAAUAAGUAAUUACUUUACCUUGAAUAUACAAAAAAUAUUCAAAGAGUAUAGUUUGCUAAUUAAUUUACUUUAUCUAAUCUCUAGCCAAUAAAUAAUUAUAUGCCAAUCAUGGGAUUAUAAUACUAGUAGAACACUUCAGAAAAAAUACAAAAAAAAUAAUAAUAAUUAUUAUUAUUAUAAUAAAGGAGAUUAGGUAAGAAUAAAUUAAGAAAUUAGAUGACAGAGAUUCCCCUAUGUAGUAAGAGAUCUUUUUCCAUUUUAAAAUGAUCUGUUAUAUUGGAGCAUUCUAUACUUUAUUUAGCUCUUAUUUUAAGGGUUAGAAUUAUUAUUAUCUCUUGGUGAUUAUUGGAAUUUAUUAUUGGAUAAAAUAUCAAGAAUUUAAAGCAUAAUUAAGAUAAUAGCUGUAAUAAUAAUAAUAAUAAUAAUAAUAAUAAUAAUAAUAAUAAUAAUAAUAAUAAUAAUAAUAAUAGUAAUAAUAAUAGUAAUAAUAAGAGAACAUAAAUAAUAAACAUAAGGAAAAAAUAAAUCAACCAUAAAAUCUAAGCAACAAUUCAAAAUUGAACUAUAACAAUUUUGAGUAAUAACUUGAAUAACAAGAGAAUCUUGAUGAAUUAGAUUCAUUUAAUGAUUAUGAAAAUGAAUAGGAUUUUUAAAUUGAUAGUAAAGAACACCUCUAAGAUUUUUUGAUUAGGCAAGCUAAAAUAUUACAGGCAUAAGAAUUAUAAAAAUAAGAUUAAAUGGGAAAAAUUGUAAGUAAAUAAGAAUCAAAUUAAUAAAUUAAUGAUAAUGAAAAGAAAAUAUAGAGAUAGCAAGAAAAUAAAUUCAAGAUCUCCUCAGAUUAAAAAACUUAAUUAAUUGACACAUAAGAAUAAAUCUUUAAAGAAGAGGAGGAUUUGCAAUUUAAUAAAAAAUAAUCUCAAGAAAAUAUUUAACAAAUAAUUUCUAAAGAAGCUGCUUAAAUUAAUAGUUAGAAUAACAUAGAUGAACCAUUAAUGUAAAAUAAUGAGAAGAAAGAAGGUGAAGAUCUGAAGGAAAAUGAAAUUCCUGAUGAAAAUAUAUAAGAGAUACAAUAUGAAAAAUAGGAAAGUGAAGAUUAAGAUGAAGAACCUGAAUUAGAGGAAGAAAUUCGUAGACUUAAAUAAUAAUAAUAAAGUAAUCAAUUUAUAAACAAAUUAUUAGAUUAGAAAAUAACUAUUAGUACAUUCUUUAAAGCUGUUUUUGAAUUCAUUUACUGCUAUAUCAUGUCUUUAUUUCCAUUUUGGCAUGUUGGAUUGUAUCAAUAAGAAUGA